AGAGUUUCCAUGUGGAAGGUAACGAUAACUUAGGCCUCGCCGAAAGCUUUGUCCAAUUCCAGCUUUUACCCCAGCCUGCUUUGGGAUGGGUUUUCAGCCCCAGGGUCCUUCUGAUCCAAUGACCACCACCACCCAGAGACGCGCAGUGCUGUCUAUACUUUUGUGGCGGGCUGAGAGUGAGUUGGCUUUCUUCACCUAAACGCCAUGGCCUUGUCAAAUGUCUUGGUUGGACAAAUGGAACGGACUCGUCCUGCCUGGUGGGAUGAAACGGGAAAAAUCAUUAAUAUCCCAUCUGGUCCCUGGUUUUUCUGGUUGUCCAACAAAAGAAGUCUCUUCUUGUCGAGGGUGACCUGCACAUAUCCAGCAACCAGCAACCAACAGGAAACAUGGCGACCAAUAUGGACGGCGACAAGAUCGAUCCCAUCACGGAGAAACCUAUCGUCUCAGCUACCGUGACUGCAAUCAAUGCCGAAACCGACCCGGGUGCACUCGAAAGCGAUGCUGCAAAGCCCAGUCGUGAUUUCAAGCAAGCCAUUUACGCCAUCGUUGGCGGCGUGGCUCUCCCUUGCAUUCCCAUCAUUGUUGUUUCCGCGGUCCUACUAUAUGUCAUCUUCGAACACCGAAUUGUUCCACGAGAAGGUUGGCCAGACCUCUACGUGGCUUCAACCCAGGCCUCAACGGACAAUGUCACGACACUGAUCAAAGAGAUUCGCCAUCAAGGCGGCAAAGCGGCGUACUACGUCCGCUACAACCCCUCCACCAUCACCACAAUCGCAUCAUGGACAGGUCGAGUGAUCCCAUACCUAUCGAGCUCCAUCAUGGCACUGGUCGCUUUCUUUGCAGCCCGACAUAUCGUCGUCAAGUCCAGGCACGGCGACCACACACAGCUACCAACGCCAGAACAGUUGACCCUCCUGAUCAGCUUGCUGGGCGGAAGUGGUUUUGGUCCUCUCAAGGAAACAGCCUUGUACCGAUGGGGAAGGAAAGAAAAAUUGGUUGCUCCUUUGCCAGCUGCCUUCGCCGCACUGGGUGUCAUCACGUUGCUUGGUCUCAUCAUCCCCAUCGUCGAUACAUGGUUUGGUGUAGCUACACAACCAGUGACCAUCACACAGCUUUACAAUACCUCCACCAAGGCUUAUCACUCGUACGGUCGUAAUCUGAAUCCCGGAACUGCGGAAUAUCCCAUCUGUCCCGAUGGUCCAGGCUAUCAAGCAGGAUCUGGUGGUGGAUAUCAGGAAUGGUGGUGGCCCUGCAAUCUCAUCAUUUCCAUGCAGCACGAGAACGACGUAUACCUCGAAGGAUCUCAAGCAGUUGCCGACCUCCAGCUAGCUCAAUCAACCAACGAUGUUAUCUCCAAUUAUACAGGCCCGUUGUCUUCCGACUCCACGCAGAACCAGACAGUCUUUUUCUAUGGUGACACGCGGAGCAGCAACACGCUUGAUUUCAAGGCUCAGACAUUGGGCGUAUCGACGCAAUGCAUUAUGGCCACAACCAUGUGCGGUUACCUUAACAACAAUGAGACGGAUGACUGGUCCUUCAGAUGUUCGGAAGGCUUUGGAGGAGACGUCACUUACGGUUAUCCCAAUGUGUGGCCGGCCAAUGCUAGCGACGCUGAUUCAGGUGGUACAGGUGGUUAUACCACGGGGAUUGGCUACGCAAUUGAUGCUCAGCUCUCCGAGGCAGCCCCAAUGGUCAACUGGACGGAUGGGGGCCUCGUUGAGGGCACGAUCCAGAGUCUCCUGCGACAAAACCCUACGCAUUUUGCAACAUGGGCAGUAGGAUACCCAAGCGAUGACAUCAAGAACCCCCUAUUCAGUUCUCUUGAUCCUCAGGUUUUCCCCAACAACUCGCUUACUGCCGUGUGGAUACUCAAUUGCAGCUCUACCGUUUACGACGUCACAUAUACAUAUGUCGACGGUGCACUGCAUUCGUUCAAUGCCACUCUUGCGGAACCGGUAUGGGGUGCUUUCUUCUCUGCGCCCUUUGCCUGGUCGUAUCUGAAAGGUUUAAGACCGGCGCAACUCACGCUCGAGAACGCUGCAUUCAAGGCAGGCUCUACAGCUAAGACCGCCGCCGACAUUGCCACCAUAUAUGCCAAAGAGUACUCGAAAGCCGCCCUCCAAUUGUCAGUGGGUGCCUUUCAGCCUUACGUCAACGAUAUCGAGCAAGUCCGCAACAGCUCCAUCUCGGUCGCUCGAAUCCCUCUGGUCCCACUGUAUCUUUUGCUGGGAUUCAAGUUCAUAUAUGUCCUUGUGGUGAUCAUUUUGGCGAUUGGCGCGUACUGCUUCACACAUCCGGCCGAAACCGAAGUCGUCAAAGCCCAGCUCAGCGUCCAGGGUUUGGCGGCUGCGCACUUCGACCAACCCGACCUUGUCCGAAAGAAUGUCGUCCAAGAGGUCCAGUCACGUCUGGACCCGGCGAAGAAUGGCGGAAGCCCAACGUCAGAAACGCCGGUCCAACCACUCGAGCGCGCUGCGACGGCGCCUGCCCUGGGUGGUGGUCCUGCUGGCGAGGCAACAGAGGAACUUCCCAAAGUCGGCCUCAUGCCUACACGCGCUGGGACGUGGAAGUUCGUGCUUUUGGCUGAUGGUGCCUGGCAGAGCGUCAAGCCCAUCGUGCAGACUUUGGCGCUGAACGAGGCCAAGGCAGGUAAAUUGGGUGAUAUAGGUGAUGCGUACGCCGCGUGGAAGUAGGGGCAUACCUGUUUGUUUGAUAUUGAAAGCAUAGCAAGCGUCUGCAUUAUAUACAGUAAUAUUAUGGGCUGGCCAACGCAUGAGUUGU